AAUUCGCGUAAUUUAUAAACUUGUUUGUAUUUUAACUCGCGCUUUCUCUUUGUUCCUCUAUCCAGAGAUUCUCUCGUCUUGGAUCUGUCACCGGAAUUGCUUGUGCGUCGCCGGAUAAUCGAUUUCCAGUCGGUCCAGCUCGCCUCGAAGCGUGUUCUAUUUGAGAGGGCUUGUUUGGCUAGUAACUCAUUCAUCUGAUAACUCACUAUUGAGACGACUUGGCAUGGGAGUUGUUACUGUUUCUAGUUCAGCUUCGAGGACUCCAUUGGGAUUGAACGCAACUUUCUCAUCUUACCAAUCUCCAGCAAAAAGACCAUUGAUUUUGGCAUUUAAAACAAACAAAUCCAAGAACGCAACUUUGAUUACACCUCCUGAGCGAGCAUCGGUUCCUGUUGAGACUCCUAGAGAGAACCAGAAAAGACUAAGGGGUUCUAGGAAAUCCAGAGAAAGAGUGAAAGCUAUAACUACAGAUGAGACCUCCUCAUGUACUUUAGAACUGGAUUACAAUGAAGCAGCUGCCAAACUUGAAAACAUAUACAAACUUAGCCCCACAGCUGACCCCCCUCAACUGGAAGACAGAGAUGUUACAUUGAGGAGAGGUAGGAAGCGGAAGGGGAAGAUAGGGGAAGGUGAGGACACAGCAGAUAACAAAAAAGUAAAGAAUAUAGUAAAGAAUAGGCAGAAGAAGUCAAAACGACUGAGUCUUGAUAAGAGGAUUGCAUUGAGGAAGGUCAAAGAUGGUGAAAUGUUUUCUAGAAUUCAGAAGGGGAACAAUACCAAGGAUGAAGAAGAUACGAUCAGCAAGCUUGUGAGGGAUUAUUCAGUUUCAACUGAUUUGGUUAGCUUGGAUUGGAAAAAGAUGAAGAUACCAGCAGUUCUGCCUUCUUCUGAACAUGCAUGGCUAUUUAAAUUGAUGCAGCCUAUGAAGGCACUGCUUCAAGUCAAGGAGACGCUGCAGCAAGAUCUGGGGCGAGAACCAACUGAUGGUGAGCUGGCAGAGGCAACAAACAUGACUGUUGUCCAAGUACGAAGGCAAUUAGAAGUUGGUCAUGCUGCCAGAAACAAGCUGAUUAAGCACAAUCUCCGACUCGUUUUGUUUGUGAUGAACAAAUAUUUUCAAGAGUUUGCAAAUGGCCCUAAAUUCCAAGACCUCUGUCAAGCAGGGGUAAAGGGUCUUAUCACGGCAAUUGACCGCUUUGAACCAAAAAGGAAAUUCCGGCUCUCCACCUAUGGUCUCUUUUGGAUUAGGCAUGCUAUAAUUCGAUCAAUGACGCUCUCAAGUUUUACGCGGGUGCCCUUUGGCCUUGAGUCGGUUAGAGUAGAAAUCCAACGAGCCAAACUAGAAUUGUCGUUUGAGCUUCAAAGAUUACCAACAGAAGAAGAGAUCAUAGAGAAAGUUGGGAUCUCUCCUGGGAGGUAUCAUGAAGUGAUGAGGGCAUCAAAAGCCGUCUCCUCUCUCCAUGCUAAGCAUGCUACAACACAAGAAGAGCUCAUCAACGGGAUUACUGAUAUAGAUGGUGUUGGAGGGGAUAAGAGGAGACAACCUGCUCUUCUCAGGCUUGCUCUAGAUGAUGUGCUUGAUUCGCUGAAGCCCAAGGAAAGCUUGGUUAUCAGGCAGAGGUAUGGACUUGAUGGCAAAGGAGAUAGAACACUGGGAGAGAUUGCAGGAAACUUGAAUAUCUCAAGAGAAAUGGUCCGUAAACAUGAGGUGAAAGCUCUGAUGAAGCUCAAGCACCCAGCUCGUGUUGAUUACCUUCGUUGUUAUGUUUUCUAAAACAAAAUUUACUUGGCCUUCUUUUCUCAAUGAUAUGUUCCUCUGCUGCGCACAAUUAGUGGGUGAUCUGUCUUUGCUGCUGUAUACUAGUGAUCUGUACCAUAUAUAGCAAUAUAGCUUCUUAACUAA